CCCAAACUAUUUGGGUUUUCACUGCUCGGACGAUUUCAGUCCGGCGAAAUAAUGCCAAUUCGGGCACACUCUUCCCCAGCUCCGGUACGACUGCCACCGAGGCUAGUUUCGGAAGUCCACCGUCUUCAGUUGAACUUUUCGCUGUCCCGGUGAUGAAUAUGCGAGCAAAUCGUUGUCAUGGAGCUUCCUAGUUGAUGUGAUUACCACAGUUAUUCUGUGGCUAACUUUGAUGGACUCAAAAGCAGUUUUGAUUCUCACUUUGUGAUUGAAGAAAUACCAAGCAAGCGAGACAUGGCAUCAAACCAUGAACUUGAAGUGAUUCAGUGCACGACGAAAAUAAAAGCACAAGUUCCAUUGAGUUCAUCAGGUUGUGCUACCCCCUUUUACUCACAUCCCAACAUUAUAACAAUCGUUUACUCACAUUCCUAACAUUACAACCUCUAACCCUCUAGCUAGAAAAAAAACUUUAUAUAAAAUUUUAAAUAUAACAAUUUAAGAGGGGAAGUUCUGGGUUUGGUAUUUCAGGAGGAGGUCUUAAUUUGCAGUCUUUGACUUCAAUUUGUUUCGGAUGGCGAUUCUGGUACUUGUCAUACGAGGCAUUGUCGGGCUCGGUUGCAGAGAGAGGAAAUCAUCCCUGGAGAUAGCAGUCCCUCUACUUCAUUUUAUAACAUUUAUAGGCUAAUGCUGACGGGCCAAUCCACCUCCACCAGUUGUUCUUGGGAUGCUGGAUUUAGAGAGAUAAAAAGUGUGAGUCUUGAGAGUGAGGGAGGGUGAGUCUUGAGAGUGAGGGAGGCAAAGGAGCGAGAAAAUGUGGUUUGACAGAAGGCAAUGACUGUAUGAGUUUGCCUUGGUUUUCCAUGGUGUUCUGUGCAAGAAAAGGAUGGAGGAGUAUGGCUCCACAUAUGUCCAUACAGUCAGACUCUCGUAGCCCAAGUCUACCACAUUUGAACUAAGAGAGGAGCCGAAAAUGUCACUCUCCUCUCUGUGUCUCUCUAACUCUUCUCUCUGAUUCUGUUCUUUUACACACUGGUCGGAUGGCUAUUCCGAAACCACCAGCCUCCGGCUACUUGUCAUUCGCUCCUCACCUUGUUAAACUUUCCAUAACACUUCCAGUAUACUCUCUCGUUCACCCCAAUUUUCUCUAUCUGGCACUCCUCCUCAGCCUUUUCUUUAAUUUCUUUCGUCUUGCUUCCUUUCCCUCACGUGCUUUUCCCCACUUCUUUGCACCCCUUGCGUGUUCCUCUUGCUUUGUCCACACAUGUGCUCUCUCCACUGGCAGCAUCCCAAGUUUACCAAAUUGCCCAUGGCCUGGAGCUUAUACAACCCCACCCUCAUGCUCACUCACACACACCAACAUAAAACCAUCCCCUACCUUCUCUGAAGACCAACCCUCGCUAUCAACAAGCACUCUGUGUUCAUAGACAAUGGAGAACUUCAACCCACCAUCUAUCCCCUCUACAACCACCAUAACCUCUGCUCACAAGACAAAUAACUCACAGUCCACUUGUGAACCAGUGAGUUGUUUGCCUUCAACUACUUGUAGUCCUUCGGCCACUCAGUACAGGUAUUACCCGGCACAGUAUCUAGCACCAAAUCCAGGCCUGCAAUUCCUGCAUGCAAAUAAUCAAUACCCGUACCGUCAGGCCGGUCUCCAUAUGUAUCCAUUCCUGGUCAGUGCCCAACCGAAUAUGGUUCUUUCCAGAGAACAGGCCAGCCGAGACCAAUCAGGAUGGAUAUUGGAUGCACUUAUGUCCAAGUCUGCAAGAAAUGAGAGAAAGAUGGCGAGACAGAGGAGUCUCAGUUUGAGCAGAAACGCAGCCAACGCUGCAGUUUCCUGUACUUGUUCUCCCCCACUGAGCAGGCAUCCUCCAUUUCAUGGGAAUGAUGGUGAUGAUGAUACUCGUGGAAUCAUUUCCACGUCAUCAUCUGGAAAUGGUGCUGAUUUGCAGAACACCAAAGAACAGCUCUACUCGUUCUGCACGCCGGAUAACAAGAAAUUGAGACCGCUUUUUAAGAAGGAGUUAAAGAAUAGUGAUGUUGGACCUUUGGGUAGGAUUAUACUACCAAAGAAAGAAGCGGAAAAUAACCUUCCAAUGCUCUCCGACAGAGAAGGCAUCCAGCUGACUGUCAGAGAUGUACAUUCCAACCGGCAUUGGGAAUUCAAAUACAAGUUCUGGUCAAAUAACAGAAGCAGAAUGUAUGUGUUCGAAUAUACUGGCGCUUUUGUUAGGAAAAAAAAGCUGCAGGCGGGAGAUUGCAUUUAUCUUUAUGAGGAUGAAUGCAAGAACCUCUACAUCUCCGUAGAAAAGGUGCAAAGACCAGUACAUGUAGCUGAGCCCUCCUCUUCUAAACAGCGUAAUACUACAACUAACCCUACAGAUCAAACCAUCAAGAUCGUCCCCAACAUCAACACUAGCCUCAAGGCCAACACCACCGACAACAACAAAACUAACACCAACACCAACACCAACGCCAAAACUCCCAACACCGAUGCCAAAACCCUUGGAAGUAACCCCUAUGUGGCCUCAAACUUAUCUUCACCUUCACCCUAUACCUAUGUAGCUGGCAACAAAGAAGACGAAUUAUCUCUAGAACAACUUGUGGAACAACUUAAGCAAGAUCAAGAAACUAACAUCUUUGCGGAUGCUUUGUCUAUGGUCUCUAGAGACUAUAGGGAACAUGAGGAAGCUACUGCUUUGUCCAACAUCGCUGCUAGCCAUAUUGAAACAUCUACCCAGCCACCAUCCACAUUGGCUGUAGGAAUCGAUCCUUCAUCGUCAUCAUCAUCAUCACAGACUAGAGCAACAAUGAGGAUGGUAGAUGACGAUCACUUUGAUCUCGAUGACUGCUACAAAGGCCUUGGGAUGCUCCCAGAAGUCAACCGCUACAAAUACAUAUGACUAUCGUCUUUUUUAUCACAACGGGACGAGGCCACAGCGGACAAUGACAUGCCUUAGCCGGGGAUCAGCAAGGACCGUAUGCAUAAAAAUGUGACUGCGUGGUUGAGUACUUUUUUCUGGCAUAUAUAGGAAAAGCAAAUUAUUUAUGUCAUGUUAAUUUUUACAUUCUGAUGUCUAUAUUCUCAAAUGGAAUAAUAUUAAAGUAUUUUUGUACUUUUAA